AUGGGUUGCUUUUACGGAAAGCCAGGUCUUGAAGUUGGAACACAACAAUAUCGAAUACUGAAACCUUUCGCUAAAGGAGGCUUCAGUCAAUUAUUUCUAAUAGAGGAUUACAAAAGUGGUCAUAAAUGGGCCCUAAAACGGAUUGAUUGUCAUUCGAAGACAGAUAUUGAGCGUGUUCGGAAUGAAAUAAACAUACAACAAAAAUUUGGAAUGCACCCGAAUAUCCUGUCACUGAAAUGUUUUACAAGUGACGAAAUUCCCCAUAGCCUUCGAUUUUCGCUUAUAUUUACUUUUUACAAGCGUGGUACUCUUCAACAUGAACUUACAAAUCGCCGUUCAUCAUGUGAUUACAUCGAUGAAGAACGGGUUAUACGUCUUUUUCUGCAAAUUAUUUCUGCUGUUAAAUUAAUGCAUUCAUCUUCUCCUCCUAUUGCUCAUAGAGAUAUAAAACCAGCUAAUGUGUUGCUCUCAGACGAUGAUCGUCCAGUGUUGAUGGAUUUUGGUAGUUGUUUCGCAUGUCCAAUAAUAAUUAAUGAUGGAAAAGAUUCAAGAAUGCAGUUGGAUGAAGCUGGUGAAUUAUGUUCAAUGCCUUAUCGCGCUCCAGAACUUUUUGUUUGUGAAAUUGGUUCAAUAAUCGAUCAGUCUGUAGAUAUAUGGUCACUUGGUUGCCUUUUAUUUGCGUUAUGCUUCUUUCGCUCGCCAUUUGAUGAUAUCUAUGAACGUGGUGACAGUAUCGCACUUGCUGUUCAGUCGGGAAAAAUUAGUUAUAUUGAAAAUCAUCCAUACAGUCAAAAAAUCCUAGAUGCAAUUCAUGCAAUGAUAACUGUCAAUCCAAAGGAUCGACCGAGCAUUCCUUUCAUCUGUGAUCUGUUACAAAAGUUCUAG